AUGGCUUUUGCAGAUCUGCAGAACCAAUCAAGAACUUCUAACUUGGACAAUGAACAUUUUCCAAGGGAUGCAUCAAACCACGCUAAUGUUGAAGCAACUGGACCUCCAUAUGAUCUCUCAAAUGGUGGUAUAUCCACAGAGCACUCAGAUUGGAGUGAAAUUAAAUGGGGGAGUACAGAUGAGAUGCUUGGUAAUGCUGGUCAGGAUGAUGACCAUUUCACUCCGAUGGGCAUGUUUUGUCUUACCAAUAACACAUAUAUUCUUGAUAUUUCUUGCAUUGAGUCCAACAUGGGUGAGAGAACGGAAAGCAUUCGCAAUGGCAACAGUAGUUGCCUUACUAUGCAGGAAGAACAUUUACAGGCAGAAUGUGGAGGAUAUCCUCAUCCAGAUUAUAUAUCUGUUGAUAUGGUUGAUGAAAGAUCACUGCAUGAUUUGCCACAUGGGUUAUCACAAAACAAUGAGCAGUAUGAGAUGGAGCAGCUCCCACAGAAUAUAUGUGAAAGUGGUUCUAUGCAGAUGGUCUCUCCGGACCAAUAUUGUUCCUCUCCGGACCAAUAUUGUGAUGAUACAUCUUUAUCAGAUUUUUACAUGGAUGUAUCCUCCCCAGAGUCAAUAUCCUGUGAGAAGAACCAGCCUGAAGAUAUUUUUUUAAGAGCGAGUCUAGCACUGACUCUUCUCCAGUACCCUCUAGCAGAAAUUCCACCACAGAGGAUGCUGAUAAAUACUUAGGUCAACCAUCAAAAUAGUUGCUGGACUCCAAAAUUGUUCCUUUCAGCAACCAACACACGUUUAAGAACAUGGAAUAUCAAAAACCUCUGGUAUUGGAUAAACAAUAUGCAUAUAGAAGCAACAACUCUUCUAUUCACAAUUCAUCAAAAGGUUGCUUCAGUAGAGAUGGGGACAUGACUUCUGAUUUAUGUGUGCUAGAGGGUAAUAGGAAUCCUGCUCCUGCUCACCUAUGGCCUUAUCAGGGGA